CGGUAGAGGCGGGCCCGCGGGCGGCGCUCCUCUUUUCCAGCUGUCGACUCAGCUCACCCGCAGCGCCUCGGGGGUGAAGGACUUGCUGCUCAAUUGGUGUCAGUGCCGCACCAGAGACUACAAGGUACCCGGAGUAAAAAUAGAGAACUUCAGCACCAGUUGGAACGAUGGCAUGGCUUUCUGCGCCCUGAUCCACCACUUCUACCCCGAUGCCUUCGACUUCGACAAGCUGAACCCUAAGAACCGACGACACAACUUUGAACUGGCUUUCCGAGUUGCCGAGUAA